GUCGAAGAUAUCAAGAAGAAAAGGCCUUUAAAGAGAAAUCGUCAAGAUACUGAUGAGAGGUAUACUACACCACCACCGCAUUCAAAUGUAACUGAAUCUGUAGAAGUUAUUGAUGAUUCGGAAAGCGACACCGAAUCAAUUGAUAUAGAUCAGGGUGAAGAAGAAAUUGGGAGUCUCACACAAGGUGAGGUGGACAUCCGUAACAAAUUACUCAAAAUUCUUACCACACGUCAAGAAAAAGACAAAGAAGCCGGGAAAGAUUUUAUGGCAUCAAUAUACCUAAACAAUAUUAUAGAUUUAUCAGACGACGAAAUAUACAAGCGGAUUAAAAAGUCGUUGAAUAAGGAUCAAGUUUCUUGGCUUGAAGGAGUCCUCCAGAAAAAAUCUUGGAAACUCACUCCGGAAUUUACAGAAUAUAUCAAUCAAUUCACUGAAGAAGCCUGUACUCGAGCUAAUAUUCCAACAAUUGUUCGCAAAUCCUGUAUUUCUGGGAGAUUUGAUUCUUCUUAUCACGAAGCGCAUGAUAUCGCUCAGCAUAUACUAACUCAUUUUUCUUUACGUCUAGAAGCACCAAUGAGAGUUGAAUAUAGAGGUUACAAUUUAGAAAGAACAUUUGCCAUAGAUACGAUUAUAUAUAUUUUAAAUAGAAUUUUUAGAAUACAUCAAGAUCAGUUAGAUGUUGCAUGGAUCGAACAAACUACUCCAAAUACGAAGAAUCAUAAAUUUGAUAGUUUAUACAAAGUAAUUAGCACUACAGGAAAUAAUCAAAUAAUUAUUAUUGUUGAAUUUUCCCGUGGGAGAAAAACACCUGUGUCCAAAAAAGAUGGUGAUUUGAUUAAGCUUUGUCGGAACGCUAUGAGAGCUUUAAACGCAUUAUUGAGAAUUGUACCCAAAGAGCGUGCACGUUUAUAUUUAGUGCAAUCGUUUAAUGGAUUUGUUGAGAUUAAGUAUUUGGUCCGGUCACUACCAACAAUAUAUAUGCUACAACAAUUUUUAUGCGUCAAAAUACCUGCUACCUUUGAUGAUUUUGAACAGUUUUCAAAGGACAUGAUGUGUUUAAUGAAUUGGCAGACAGAUGUCUUGUCAACAGCCAGAGCAGUAAAUAAAGCAAUCACGAAUGUUAUAGAAAAUAAUAAUAUUCAUAUAACUUCAGUAGAUGAUACUCCGCAAAAGAAAAAAAGUAAUAAAAAUCAACCUCUACCUAAAUCCCCAUCACCCGAUUCCUCACCUCCCAGUUUCUCUUCGUCGGGUCGCGAUUUGAUGCGUCAUCUAGAUUCACCAGUUCAUGAGAAGAUCGAUUUAAAUGAUUUAGAUAAUACGCUAUUUAAAUCAAAAAAUUCAAAAAAUUGA